AUGCCCGAAGAGGCUACCGAGUUCCCUGUCGAUAUUUGGUCGUCCAUGACAAUCGGCCAUCUCAAGGAUCAAAUCUGGACCAAGAAUCUUCACACGUUCAUCGGAGUUGAUGCUAAGAAUCUUACCCUCUGGCGUGUUGUCAUCCCCGCCGGCAAUCUGCAUUCUGCCAUCACAGUUGAUGCUCUUGACGACGACAACUAG